AAAUCAUAUUAUGGAAACACGAUGCUAAACCACCUAAUAUUUAUUCAAAGCUACCUAAUUAAUUUUGGUAUCUGUUUGCUGUAAGUUAAACCACGAUGGUUCGGAUGGGCUUCCGUAAUUAGGACCAUCUAAAACAGAACUGUUAUUAAAGAUGGUUGGUAAACUAUAAUUUGAUUUCAAUUAACACCGAUUACCGGUUUACACUUAAACCACAUAUUUUCAUUAAUUCUUCAUCAUGUCCUUCUCACGUGACUCUUUCCUUCUCCGAUCUUUUUUCUUUUAACUCAGGACUCAGAGUCAGGAACUUCUCUCUUACCCUAGAUUUCGAUUUUGAUUUCAGUUCUUUCUGAAUCGAUCCUUCUCUGGCCGUAAAUUCUUAAUUCAACGGUUGGUUGAUAAAUUAUGGUUCAAUUAGAUCUGCAGAGCUUUAUUCUCCGGGCUCGAGUGCUUAAACUUUACCGACAAGCAUUGAAGAUAGCUCACAGAGCUCCUGUUCAUGUUAGAGGGGAACUGAAACAGACUGUUAGGCAAGAGAUGGAAAAGAACAGAGACUGCAAUGACAAACAAAAGAUUCGGUAUCUGAUUAGUGAAGGUUUAGAGAGAAUCAAAGGACUUGAUGAGAUGUUGGAUAUGCAGGGCCAUUAACAUUUUUUUUUUGUACUUCUUCUGCUUUAAUUGAAUGUGAUGCAAUGCUCGAUUCUUCAGAUAGAAAUUCUGGUCAUCUUUGUGUUUAGGCUUUUUCUUGCAUAUGUUCUUUAUCUCUAUUGAUUGAUAUUGUUCAAUGAGCAACAUACUUUUCUCUUCUACCUGGAUUUGUUUGAUGGUUUUAAGAACUCUGUUCUUUUUGACGUUUUACCCAACAAUAUAACUUCUGUUGUAGUCAUCUUCUGCUGCAACCCAUCCACAAAGCUUAUCAUGCAAGAUUAAACCCUUUCUCGAUGGGUUGCAAGAGAACAUCACUAAAAUAGAAGUAACAUUGUUGGGGAAAAACGUCACAAAUCCAGGUAUUAGAGAAUAGGAUGCUGAUCGUUGAAAAUAACUAUCUAUAAAGAUGGAGAAGAUACGCAAGAAAGAGUUGUAAACACAAAGCUGAUCAGACUUUUUAUUUGAAGAGUUUAACAGUGCAUGACAUUCAAUUCUGCAGAAGGUAAAAGAACAUUUGGUUUCUCAUAUAGUUAUUCAAUGACAAUAAUACAUCAUCUUUAG